UACUGAUGCCCCUUCCUUCCUUCGCAUUCUCCGCGAGUGAAACGAAGCGAUGUUAAACGAGUAGCUCAGUCUCUGGUCUCGUCGAGAGAUUAACAACCGGCGCAGCAAUGAUACGUAUUAUUUCUCCAGUUUAAUCAAGUGCUACGAUGCUCACCUGCACGCUUUACUGCAGCCGUGUAUUUCUGUAAACGCGCUUUUUGCUCCGUCACACAUCGAGUUAAUAUGGACACAGCAGACCAAAUCAUGGAGCUACAGGUCUUUCAGGACCAGGGCCCGAGUCCUCAUAAAUUGUUGCUGGAAUACCUGAAAAACAGGCACUAUGCAGCUUUUAAAAGCUUAGCAAUGAAGAGCUUGAAGAAGAAUCCUCCCAGUAUUGAUAUGGAUCACGUUUAUCCAUAUCCUUUAGACAAAACAGUAUUGGAUAUUGCAUGUUCAAAUGGCCUGGAUGACUUUGUUGAGCUGAUUUUGAAUCUGGGUGCAAAUCCGAACAAAGAAAACGUUGUUCAUCAGCGAUCACCGCUGCAUUUUGCCGCAGAAGCGGGACAUGCCGGUGUCCUUAAGAUACUACUUAGCAAUCCUGCUAUAAAACCAAAUUUAGAAGUCGCUCGACAGACCGCCCUGCAUCUUGCAGUUAGCAAUAAAAACGUAGAAUGUGUCGAGGUCUUAUUGGAGUACAAUGCUAGUCCCAAUAUUGCAAACAGCAAGGGAUUAACACCGACUCAUUUAGCGGCGGCAUCGUCGCAAGAAGCUGUGAUCAAUCUUAUAUUUUCUAAAUCUAAGUGCCCCGCAGAUAUAGAUAGCUUCAAAGACUUUACACGAAGAACAACGCGACAGAUUCUAGAACAAAAAUUACCUCAUAUCUCACUCCCACCUGUUAUCAAUAGAACAAUGGACGUCAGUGAUCUGAAAUACUUCUUGGAUUGUAACGACGAAGACAGCUAUUUACAGCAUGCGGAAAACGUCGAAAUGACACACGAAGAAAUGAUAGAUCUUUUGAAAAUAGCAGCUCGGCAAAAUUUACCAAGGGUCGUGAAGAGCUUGACUAAGAACGAGAUCAUUGAUGAUAGCGGGAUCUUAGCUGAAGCGGCGGAAAACGCUGUGGUCAGAGGCCACCACAAAGUUCUCAAGGAACUGUUUGACGCUGGUGCAGAACGAAGCGGAAGUCUUCUUAUUAAGGGCUGUCAAGAACUCGGAUCUCACGCUGUUCGUGGGUCAGACCGAAUGGCCUGUCUCAGACUUAUUUUGCUGAAGCCAGUAAACGUUCGAUACGUAGAUGAGAAAGGAAACACUGCAUUGCAUUAUGCGGCCCGUGCAGAAUCUUCGGAAAUAAUAAGCAUGCUGUUGAAAUCUGGGAGUUACAUCGGCCAUCAAAACGAUUUGGGAAUUCCUCCAAUAGCAAAUAUAUCCCCUGAAAGUAUGUCUCGGUAUUUGGAUGACUGUCUACAAACGACCAAAGAACACACUGAUGAUUACGAGGAUUACGAAAUUGAAUUUAAUUAUCAGUGCCUAGCUCCGCACGGUUUUACCAGAGAUCAGGACAGAGAACGUUUGCUUGAAAAGGGUCACGUCGAUUACAAAAGAAUCUGCAUGGAAAUGCAGCCAUUUUUAUACAUAGCUAAUAGUAAUUCUCAUCGACAUCUUCUAAAGCAUCCAAUACUUUCGUCGUUCCUUUAUCUCAAGUGGCAACGCAUCAGCCCAAUUUUAUACGCCAAUUUUAUAUUCUAUGUAAUUUUUUACCUAAUAUUCAAUGCUUACAUAUUAUCCAUGACGUACGGCAGUGGUGAUCCGAAAAAUGGAACAGAAUCUCCGUCACAUAACAGCAACGAUACUGAAUCAGAUUUUUCGUUAGCAAAUUGGCAAAGAAACGGUACUCUGUGGACCUUCACUGCGAUUGCCUUAAUGAUUCUGAUCCUCCGAGAAUUGCUUCAGCUGAUUUCUUCUCCUUGGAACUAUUUCCUCAGUUCUGAAAAUUGGGUGGAACUUUUGUUAGUUUGUCUGGGAGUAGCGCUGCUCGGUAGACCCGAGCCUUGCACUGGGGCAGUAGCAAUUUUACUCUCCGCCUGGGAACUAGUCAUCCUUAUCGGACAGCAUCCUCGAAUGUCGACUGCAAUUGAAAUGUUCAAAACAGUUACACUUAACUUUAUACAUUUUCUAUUUUUAUACGCCUUCCUUAUUCUCGCAUUCGCGCUCGCUUUUUAUACACUAUUCAAAGAUGAAGGUGACUUCCUUGAUCCGGGACAUUCCCUUUUCAAAACCAUUAUCAUGUUGACUGGAGAGUUUGACGCCAGCGACAUGCCAUUUAUAUUUCAUCCUAUACUAAGUCGCCUUGUGUUCGUACUUUUUGUUUUUCUAAUAGCGAUAGUGCUGUUUAAUCUGUUAAACGGCUUGGCUGUCAGUGAUACCGCCGAGAUAUUGGGCAAAGCUGAACUUGUCGGAUUAAUUUCCAGAGCUAAACUUGUCGCCUAUGCGGAAGGUAUUGUUGUUGGUUCACCUGUAUUAACAAAUCGAUGGUGUUGUCACUAUGGAGCAUUUGUUCAACGAAUGAGGAUAAAUCCUCUUCGUUUUUUGUCGAAAAAAAUUUUAUUUUUCCCUGACUUUCUACCAGAAGCUAAAAUCAGAGUUAAACCGCUGCGGGGUAAUACCGUUAUACCUCACGGUAAGACAGUUUACAAAAAUACAUGUUCAAAACUCGCACUUGACCGUCAUAUAAUUACACAGGCAAAAGAUAUUAUUUUGUCAAGAGGACGUGUCUCGGAUUAUGAAAAAAUUGUAAACGUAUUCAAUCAGAAGUUUGAAAGACUUGAAGCGAUGUUGCAAAAUAUCAAUCUAGCUCUAAAAGAGAACAGUUGCAAUAACAAUGAAACAGAGUAGACAAUGUGUUGCAUCAAACGAAAAUGCUUUUCACGUAGAAUUCAGUGGUAACAAUUAUUUCUGUACUAGUCACUUUUUUAUCAAAUUGAAAAAAACUGAUCAACUUAUCAUUUUUAGUACUCCUAAAAUCUUUCGAAAUUAGCACUGUUGAUUAGCUGAGCAAAUCUUGUGAAUAUAGCAUUUUUACAUCUGAUUUACAAAUAAAGUCGAGCAUGCAGAUAAUGUGCUUAAAAGAAAAAAUAUGGAGUACAUACAUGAAUACGAAUAUUGAUCGUGGCUUGUGACAUUAUAUUUUCAAUGAAAAAGAACGUGUUCCAUUAUUGAUAAGAAGACAAGAUAAUAUUAUUUAUUUAGGUAUAUUUUCUAAUUGCUUACUAUGUAAAUGGAAUAUUUAGCUUUGCGCUAGUGUUGUUAAUCUACACAAAUUUUCAAUUCGUAACUAAUGAAUUCAUUUUAUCUAUAUUAAUAAACAAUGGUAAUUACCUUUCA